GAUGUCCUGCAGGACCUGCGGCACUUCAACAUCUUCAACUCAUUGUUGGACAUCUGGGGGGGCUGCCUCUACCGCAGCUGCAUCCUGCUGGGUGCUGCCAUCGGGGUGGCCACCAACACAGCCUACGGCCCCCGGCGCCUCAGGGCAUCCCAGACCUUCAUCGCCCUUGUCUGCCUCCUCAUGGGCAUCUACAUGAUGGUGAAGCUGCUGCUCUACUCGGAGGUGCGGAGGACCAUCAGGGACCCCUGGUUCUGGGGACUUUUUGCCUGGACUUACAUGGCUCUGGUGGCCACCUUUGGGCUGUGGCAGCUGCUGGCCUGUGUCACCUCCUCCCGCGAGGCGCUGGGGCCCAGCUCCGAGUCCCGCGCUGAGGCAGAGGAGAGCUGCGAUGGUGGCACUCCGCAGGACAAGAGGGAGGAGGCAGCAGGUCCCACCAUCCAUAAGCUGCUGUCCUACACCAAGCCGGAUGCCAUCUUCCUGGGCAUUGCUUCCUUCUUCCUCCUCGUGGCUGCACUGGGAGAGACCUUCCUGCCCUACUACACGGGGCUGGCCAUUGAUGGCAUCGUGGUGCAGAAGAGCAUGGACCGGUUCUCCACAGCAGUGCUGGUCAUGUCACUGCUCGCCAUAGGAAGCUCAUUUGCCGCAGGUAUCCGGGGCGGCGUUUUUACGCUCAUAUUUGCGAGACUGAACAUUCGCCUUCGCAACUGCCUCUUCAGGUCGCUGGUGUCUCAGGAGUUGAGCUUCUUUGAUGAGAAUCGCACAGGGGAUGUCAUCUCCCGCCUGACAUCGGACACGACCAUUGUGAGCGACCUGGUCUCCCAGAACAUCAACAUCUUCCUACGCAAUGUGGUGAAGGCCACAGGGGUGAUCUUCUUCAUGUUCAGCCUCUCCUGGAAGCUCUCUCUCGUCACCUUCAUGGGCUUCCCCAUCAUCAUGCUGGUGUCUGAUGUCUAUGGGAAGUACUACAAGAAGCUCUCCAAGGAUGUGCAGAACGCCCUGGCCAAGGCCAACAACACCGCUGAGGAGACCAUCUCCGCCAUGAAGACCGUCCGCAGCUUUGCCAACGAGGAGGCAGAGGCAAACGUGUACUGGCAGAAGCUACAGCAGGUGUACAAGCUCAACAAGCGGGAGGCCAUGGCUUACACCUACUACGUCUGGUCCAGCGGGCUGACCCUCCUGGUGGUCCAGGUCAGCAUCCUGUACUAUGGUGGGCACCUCGUGAUCUCGGGGCAAAUGACAAGUGGAAACUUGAUAUCCUUCAUUAUUUAUGAGUUCGUCUUGGGAGACUGCAUGGAGUCCGUUGGCUCUGUCUACAGCGGCCUGAUGCAGGGAGUGGGAGCUGCCGAGAAGGUGUUCGAGUUCAUCGACCGCAAGCCAACGAUGGUGAACGAUGGGUCCUUGGCCCCAGACCACGUGGAUGGGAAGGUGGAGUUCAGAAACGUGACGUUUUCCUACCGCACUCGCUCUGCAACACAGGUCCUCCAGAACGUGUCCUUCACCCUGCACCCCGGCAAAGUGACGGCACUGGUGGGUCCUUCAGGGAGCGGGAAGAGCUCCUGUGUCAACAUCCUGGAGAACUUCUACCCUCUGCAAGAUGGGCAGGUGCUGCUGGACGGGCUUCCCAUUAACAUGUACGAUCACAAGUACCUGCACUCAGUGAUCUCCCUGGUGAGCCAAGAGCCGGUGCUGUUUGCCCGCUCUAUUGCAGAUAAUAUUUCUUAUGGCUUAACUUCAGCCUCCUUCGAGUCGGUUGUUCAGGCUGCCCAGAAGGCCAACGCUCAUGCCUUCAUCACGGAGUUACAAGACGGCUACCAAACAGAGGCAGGUGAAAAAGGAGCCCAGCUGUCAGGUGGCCAGAAGCAGAGAGUGGCAAUUGCCAGGGCCUUGAUCCGAACCCCACCCAUCCUCAUCCUGGAUGAAGCCACGAGUGCGCUGGAUGCAGAGAGCGAGCAUGCGGCACUAACAUCUUCUCCUCUCGUGCAGAUUCAGCAGGCGAUUUACGGCGACUUGCAGAACCACACGGUGCUUGUCAUAGCUCACAGGCUGAGCACUGUGGAGAAGGCACACAACAUCAUUGUGCUGGACAAGGGCCGCGUGGUGCAGCAGGGCUCACACAAGGAGCUGAUGGAAGAAGGAGGCCUUUAUUCCAAGCUGGUGCAGAGACAGAUCCUGGGGCUGGAAAGCAGCGGUGCGGACAGUCACCAACCCACAGCCCGGGGGGAUUCAGCGAAGGCAGCCGGUGGGCUGGAGGAAGAGUUCAGGAUAGACCAUUCCCUGCCAGCCGUGGCACAGGACGAUUACAACAACAUGGUUCACAAGUGA